UAGCUUGACACGCAGCUCGCUCGACCGACCCCAUCUCACCGGCCCGUCCAUUCCAUUCCAUCGAGCUAGCCUGCUAAUUGGUCUUUGGUCGACAAUGGCUUGGAGGAGAGCGUCGAUGCUGGCCGCGCUCGUGCUGGUGGCCGCGGCGACGUGCGCCGACGCCGGGGAGAGCUACGGCGCGUCCAUGUUCACGGUGACGGGCACCGUGCUGUGCCAGGACUGCACCAAGAACUGGAACGCCUACGCCUACAACGCCAAGCCCAUCGCCGGCAGCGUGGUGGCGGUGACGUGCCUGGACGAGCACACGGGGCGGACGGUGAUCCACCGCACGGACACGACGGACGAGGAGGGGGUCUUCAAGGUGGAGGUGCCGUACGCCCACGACGGCGGCAGCUGCCGCCUCGACCCGGCCCACUGCCUCGUUCGCCUCGUCAGGUCGGGGGACAAGGGCUGCGCCGUGCUCACCAACUUCAACGGCGGCACGACCGGCGAGAAGCCGUACCGCCCCUCGCGGGUCAGCCCCACCGAGGUCGCCUACUCGGCAGGGCCCUACUACGCCACCUUCACGCAGUGCGACGUCGACGGCGACGACAAGAGCUGCUCCUGAUCGACUCAUCUCUAGCUUCGCGCUGGAAUGAUCAGUUCUCGUGUUUUGGUUUAUGUUUUCUACGGGAUCUGGAUGGUUCGACGCUAGCAUACAUGUGCGUCUUUGUUUUGCUUCUAAAAUGUCCGUGCGUGCGAUUUUUGUAACAUGAUCUGAUUUGUACUGUCAAUGACUGUUGCUUUUUUUUA